UUGCAUUAUACAGUUGCUGCCCUAAUCACUCAAAAGCCCUCGUCUAUGAUUGUUGAAGAAGGACAAAAUGUGACCCUAGUUUGCAAAGCUACUGGUCAGCCUACACCAACAGUAAUGUGGCGCAAAGCGUUUGGUCACGUGUCUAAAGCGAAUAUUUUGGUGGCAGGUUGGAAUAUGACCAUACUCAGCGUUACGAAAGCAGACGGUGGGGCUUACGCAUGCUCGGUAAAGAACCUUCUUAGCCAAGAUUCUGCUGUUGCAUUAGUGACAGUGAUUGACAGGCUCGAAUUCGUUUUGGCUCCUCCUCCUACAGUUGUUGCAAAUGAGAGCAGCGACAUGAUAUUAAACUGUGCAGCCCACGGUAAAAAAGAUAUUCUUUGGGAAAGACAAAGCCAAGCAAUUCCUAAAAAUCACGCCAUUUUUUCAAAUGGAACAUUGCUUCUAAGGAUGGUUUCUCUAAAUGACGCAGGAACUUACAAAUGCGUAGCGAAAAACUACCACCGUUCUAUAGAAGCAACCUCUGUUGUUAAAGUGCUAAGCUUACAACCCAAAACCUGCAGCGAGAUAAGAUCUAAACACCCUGGAAGCUCUUCUGGUAAUUACAUUAUUGACCCUGAUGGCAAUGGUGGCGUGACUUCAUUUAGUGUGUAUUGUGACAUGAAUGACAAGGGCAGAGUUGGUGUGACGGUCAUUAGUCACGAUAGUGAGAGUAGGACCCAUGUUGGUAACAUUCCUGGAUGUCAUUACGCCGGAUGUUACCGUAAAGAUGUUAGUUACACAGGAGUUACUACCGCCCAACUGGCAGCACUUUCUCGAGUUUCACAAAACUGCGAACAGUUCAUCAAGUAUGAGUGCAACCCCCACUCAGCAUUUAUUGGCAUUGACUAUGCCUGGUGGGUGUCACGUGAUGGAACAAGAAUGGACUACUGGGGUGGAGCUACUGGCUACAAAAAAAUGUGCGCAUGCGGAGUAACAAACUCUUGUCUCAGUGGUGACAAAUGCAACUGCCCAACCCGCAGUGGCUGGAGUGAGGACAGUGGUCUGCUCACAGACAAGGCCGCUCUUCCCGUGACACAAAUCAGACUGGGAGACUUAAACGGUUCACACGAGGAAGCUUAUCACACUUUAGGGAAACUCAAAUGUUAUGGACAUACUUAG